AAUAUCCAAUAUGGCAACAGCACAAUGCGUUGCAACAAUGGACCUAUGAAGAAAGCCAGCUGGAUGCUAUUGGUUUAGUUCAAACUGGACGAUGUACAGGUGGAAAAACUGCUCCGAUGAACCAAACCAAGCUCGUUUGUCGUGGAGCAUCAAUGAAAACAUCACACUAAUUUGUUGUGGUGAGCAGCAUACUUUAUUCCUCACCAGCGAUGGCACAGUGUUGUCCUGCGGCCAAAACUCCAAAGGACAACUUGGUCGAAAUAGUCUCGAAGAUCUGACGAAGCCAGUACGUGUGUCAGGUUGUAGCAGAGCGGUGAGCUUGGCCUGCGGUCGGGACCACUGCCUCUCGCUGUCUGCAACUGGAGACCUGUACUCAUGGGGGGCUGGUGGCGAUGGACAACUGGGCGUUGGACGCAUAACGCCUGUGAUCCAAACACCAAGUCUGCUGCAUUUUCGUGUACCAGUAAUCCAAGUAGCGUGUGGAAACUCCCAUUCCUUGGCUUUGACGAAAGCCGGAGACGUCUUUUCGUGGGGCUCCAACAGUCACGGCCAGCUGGGGCUAGGGAAGGAUGUGUGCGUGCAGCCCUUUCCGGCCCUGGUGCUCUCUCUCACGGGGAUACCGGUUACCCUGGUGGCGGCCGGCGGGACCCACAGCCUGUUCAUCGCUCUCUCAGGCCUGGUCUACUGCUGUGGGAACAACAAACUGGGUCAACUGGGACUCAACAGAGUGGACGAGAAGGGUAGGUUUAGAAUUAUGCCAGUACCAUCCCUCAAACCAAUAGAGGUCGCCACUGCAAGCUGUGGCGCAGAACACUCAGUUGUCCUGACAAAGGAUGGGAAGGUUUUCACCUUUGGUGAUGGAAGCCACGGUCAGCUGGGCCAUCGUUCUACUGCCGGUGAACUCAUCCCCCGACAGGUCCAGGGCAUCGACGAACCCAUCGCACAGAUUGCAUGCGGCAGCCACCACACCUUAAUAUUGGGCUCAUCCGGCCACAUUUGGACCUUUGGCAGCAAGGUUAAAGGUCAAAGUGGGAGUGAUGGUUCUCUUGUACAAGUCCCAUGGACCACUGAUGGUGCAGCAGCUGUACCCAAUGAGUUGAAAAUAGCGGCUGGAUGGAACACAAACUUUCUCUACUCGGCCACCGAGAGUUGGACGAGGGACCGUCACUCGACCAUAAGGCGGUUUGAUGAAAAAAAACUACAAAAGUGGCAGGCGAUGGAAAUAGGCGAUCAGGAGGCUAUAGAGGAAAUACUGUCUAUGUUUGUUUCAAGUUCGAGCCUUGUUGCUGCUUUCGCAAAACCCAAUCUGUCUCCAUCGACUACAGGGGAAUUGAUUGCUGAUGUUGAGGCUGCUGCCAAGACUUUUGAUCACAUGAUGCAGAUUCCAUGGAUCAAACAAAGAAUCGAUUUUGCCAAUAUUAUCGAUCCUCUCCUAAAAGCAAAGCCUGUGCUGAAGUCCCCUGAUGUACUCCUGGUUCUUCUGACAUGUCCUCUUCUCCAAGAGGACCACAUAAAUGAGACCAUCCCCCUGGCUCACAUUAUCAGUGAGCUUAAUGAAAAGAUGUCCAGGUUAAUAAGAGGCUGUUGGUCUUCCCUGCCCCCUGCCAUCCUGACCAGACACAUUGCGGUGUUCAAAUGGUCCCUGUCCUACUUUCUCCGGAAUGAGUUUCUGGUGUCUCAUGACAAUAUGGUAAAAAUGGUGCUGGAGACCCUCAGGAUGCUCUUCAAGGCUAAUAAAGCGGGGCGGUCCCUGAAGGUUCCACUGAGUACUUUCUACAUUGACCAAAUAGAACACUUGUACGAUCCUGAUGUGGAUGUGGGCCUUUGGGCUGCAUGCUAUCAAAAGGAGGAGGAUGAGAACACACCAGCCAUAUUCUGCCGGUUUCCAUUUGUGUUAAAUCUCCCUUGCAAGUUGGCAGCCUUUAGCAUCUGCACAAUUUUUCUCAAGGAUAAACAACGUCUAGAGUUAUUUGUUUCCCAGGCAGAAAUUGACCGUAGUAUCUUGGAGAACCCUGAAGGGUUCCAGUUCAAACUGAGACAAACAAACCUUGUUGAAGAUACUUUCCGCCACCUGUCUUCAGCCGACCACUCUCUUUUCGAGAGCCAAAUCUAUGUGCAGUUCAAAGAAGCACUGGAACUGACAGAGAUCAGCAAAGAAGACUUCUUCAUCAACGUGUUCGAGGAGCUCAUGAACCCCGGUUCAAAUAUGUUCAUUUAUAACGAAGGCCAGACGCUAGCUUGGUUCCCGGCCCAGGUUGAACCGCCAAAAUUGGAGAAGUACUUCCUGUUUGGAGUUCUAUGUGGCAUUGCCUUGUACAACCACCACAUCAUCAAACUGCCUUUCCCAUUAGUUCUCUUCAAGAAGCUGGUCAACGUGAAACCAUCCUAUCAAGACAUGAAAGAAUUUCAGCCAGUAGUAGCAGAGGGUUUGCGUUGCAUUUUGGAAGACUACACCUCAGAGGACUUUGAGAAGUUGGACCUCAGCUUCAGGGUGGACUGGGAGGGCAGAGAAGUGGAACUCGAUCCAACAACAGAAGGGAAGCCUGUCUCAUUUUCCAACAAGAAAGAGUUUUUCGACGCCUACAUCAACUACGCCUUCAACCAAUCUGUAGAACCGGUGUUCGAGGAGUUCAAGAGGGGCUUCUUCAAGGUGUGCAUCAGAGAAGUGGUGGAGUUCUUCGAACCGAAAGAGUUACGAAGCUUGAUGGUGGGCCAGGAGUUCACUGACUGGAAUGUGAUGAAGCAGAACACGGUGUAUGCUGGAGGGUACACUGAAACACAUCCCAAUAUCUUAACCUUCUGGGAGGUAUUUGAAGAACUGACCGAGGACAAAAAGAAAGAUUUUCUCUUGUUCCUCACAGGUCUGGAUCGUGUACCCAUUAUCGGUAUAACAGAAGUAAAGAUGAGGGUGGCGAUCCUUCCCAAUUCCACAGAACUCCAUUUCCCAGAAGCCAUCCCCUGCCAAUCCAUGUUACUGCUACCCAACUACAGGAGAUAUCCCACCAAGAGGAGGCUAAGAAGCAUGCUGUCGGCUGCCAUUCGCUACACUAAAGGAUCCUGGAAGGACAAACUUAAUAAGUUUGGUCACACCAUAUAUCCGUAGAUUGGGUUUAUUUAUUUAGCAUUAAAGACGUUCAGUGAUUGAUUAUGUAAACACACAAUGGACCCUAUCUUGCAUCCGGCGCAAUUUACUUUCUACACUGACGCAUGUGUCGUUGCAGUUUGCAACUAGCGCAGAGCGUUCUUUUCCCUCCACCGCCACGCGCCUGUCAAUUAGGGAAUGAUCUUGCGCCCCAAGGGGCGGCUCGGCGAAAGGAGGAGGCGUGGUCUGGCGCAAACGUUGCGGGUGCGCGUGUGUGUUUGUGUAAAAUAAUUAAUGAAAGCGGCCGUGCGUCCAUCUGUUUAAACACACUCAAACUAAACACGUAACGCAUAAUACAGUCCAUGGCAAUGUAUAUUAACGAGGGGACACAUGCAUAUUAGGAACACAAGUCGAUAACGAUAAUACAUACAAUACUGGUAAGAAACAAAUUUUGUUAAUGUAUUGCGUAUAUCAUUAAAUAGAACCACAGUUACCGCAUCAUAUGAGUGUUACGUUUUCUUUGCCGAAAUUUAUUUGAGGACUCAGUGUGUCUGAAGUUGUGGAAGAAAACGCUAUUCCGUGUGUGAAUUAGGCCAUAUUAUUUGGCCAUAAACUGAGCCAUUUGAAGUUUGAAAUUAAUGUGCAUCUUUCUCAUCGGAGACUGCAAACGUUCUUUCAAAAUAACAACUCGUCAGACUCAAAUGCGCUCAUGGCUCUUAAAGGGGAUAGGAGAAGGGACUCUCAUUGGUUUAUUGCACGUUACGUCCAAACCACCGACUCGGAUCUGACGCCACGCCCACACUUCAAGCGUUUUAUUAUUUUGCUCGGUCGUUGGAGGAAAACAUGGACGCCACCCGGAAAGCUGUUGUCGCGGUAGCAUUGGCAGAGGACCAAGCGCUCCAAAAUAAGUAGGCUAUAGGCAGAGAUACGGACGCAGUAAGGUAUUGCAGUAAUACGAGUGAUUGAAAUUGCCAUUUAAACCACCAAAGUGGUCCGAGCACAAUGAAAACAGUUCAUACUUCAAGUCACACUGGGCGCAGCCAUCUUGAAUUCUGUCUCGGAAUUUUGCUCAGUCACCACUGAGUUCAACCGAGAUGGCGAGUUCACCGUCCGAGGAAAAGGGGCGUGUUUGUGCUUGUCGCUAGGCAACGUAGAUAGAUUUGCGCCAGGCGCAAGAGUCAUUUAUGCGCCGGUAAAAUAGCAACAUCGCCAUAGAACCGCCCACAAAGCUGCUUGCGCUUGGCGCUCCUCACUUGCGUUUCAGACCGUUAAAAUAGGGUCCUCUGUGUCUUUUCCGUUAUCAGAUCAGUACGUUUUGAGUUUCGGUACAAGUAAGGGUUGCAUUAUAACCCUUGCAUAAACAAAAAACAUGCCUUCAUGGCUUGUAGUUAGCUUUAUUCAUUUAUUUUACCUACAGGGCCUAUUUUACCUACUGCCUUUUUAAUAAUUUACAACCAAGUAUCACACCAAAAUGUAAUAUAGCUACAUUGGUCUUUAAAAUGGGUUUUGAUAACAUUUAUAGCAAGAAAUGUGAGUUUGAUUGUCGUAACCAAACCAAAUAAACAAAAUGUAAUUUAGCUACAUGGGUCCACCGCGGAAACUGUUUUUGGCCUAUUAUUUUCUAUAGGUCUGCUUCCACCACGUCACUUCACUAUAUGUGAAAACCAAAAAAGAUGGCUGACAUUUACUUUAUUCUCAUUAGAAAAUGCAAUAUUUUAAUAUGACUAUUACUUGAAAUGAUCACUGUCUGAGGGCUAGUUACGUUACUCCGAGAGAUGCAUUAUUGGUGAAAUCCAUAUGUGGGGUACGCUGGUAGCUUGAACAGCUUGGACAGAUUUGGUAGUGACUCAACUGAUAACCUGUAUACGAAAGCAAAAAACCAAGCUCAUUGAUUUAACAGGGCAGGAUUAUUCACACAACUCAUUAAUUGAUCAUUUAGGAGAUUCUUUUUGUUUCCGCACAGCCCUGGGAUGACUGGAGCAGUAAGGAACAGACACGGGCUAAGAGUGAUAUCAACUCGAGCACCACGUUAUUCUGCAUAUCACAAGCAUAGUGUAUUUCACUUGUAAUCUUCAUAUUCAAUGUUCUUCCAAUAACCUCAAAACACAUUCACCGUAAUUUACCGUAACAACAAUGCUCAUUCUAAUAACUUGGGUAUUUUCAGUCAUUUCGGAUAAUGAUUUAAACGGCUAACAUUUCUCUAAUUUCAAUGAAACAUUGACAAAAAACUGAAAACGAGAAUGUUUAUUGAAAUGUUUGGAUUCACAUUGAGAGGCUCAUUUGGCAUUUUCUUUAACAAAGGAUAUAGUGCUCAUUACGAUCAAAUAUACUUUCAUAGCAACCAAAAAACUGCCAUGAAAUUCAGAUUAAAAUGAUUCUCAAAAUAAUAGUUGAUAUCCCUGCACAUGCCCUUUUUCUGUGAAGUUCAAUAUUAGACAUUUUCAAGCAGCAUAGCAUUAUUCUAACCAAAUGCAUUUGUAAAAUAUAACUCAUGACCUAGUCGCUAUGGCACUGGAUUAAGAGAAUGUGACCUUACAAAGGAACCUUGUAGAAAACGGUAUUGUUGCUCUUGUGUUUCAAUUGUUAUUUGGCAAUAGUAUUGUAAGUAACAGGUGCAAAAGGGAACAGUUUGAACCCUCAUGUCAGUAGAAAGUAAUGGCAACAGGUCACCAACUGCAUACCAGGCAAAUUCAAGUUAUGGAAAUCGAAACUAUUGCUUUUCCAGUUAAAGUAGGAAGAAAAAGGCUUUUGACAAUUCAUUGGCCCCUCUUAACAACAAAAUUUGAAGCAUUUGUUAAGGCAAGUAUUAGAAAACAUACUUUCACCAUGCAAAAGGUGCAUGCAAUAUUAAGGCCUAUUAGUUCAAUCGAUAAUAAAGGCAGAUGCUGAUCAAAGGCAUAGAUCCGUGUAUAGCAUUAUAAAAAAAUACAAAAUAAAUAUGAGUGUGGCGUUGAAAUGAUGGAUACUAACUAAUACAUUGGAAAAGAGUAAGCUGUACUGUAUUGUUUUUUUCUUAAAAAUAUCCCCAUCCCUACAUAACGUGUCAAUUGUGGUCCUACCAGCCCACAUUAGUCUUAGGGUCUUAAGGCCUUUCACAUACACUGGACCCAAAGCAGGCAUUAUAUGGCAUUCUCAAAUCAACAAUAUCAAAACAAAUUCCUUCUUGCCUCAAUUCUGUACUGUUUUUUAUUCGUAUUAACUUAUUUUCUCGAACCUAGAUAAAGAACUUCUUUACACUAAAAGGGUUGUUAACAACCCCUGAGGACAGCUUUUGUAAACGUGGAUGAAAUUAAAUGGAAUGGACGAUGGCAACAAACUCAGGUCUCCUUUCCUGACAAUAACCCAACAAAGUGUUUUACUGAGGAAGGCCUUAUCCUAAAUAUCUUAAUAACAACCCUCCCUUGUUAAACAAAAAAAAUAAACAACACUGCAAUGUAUCAUUUCCAGUCAGCUCAUGUGAAAUACUUUUAUGCACCAAGUGAUUUUUUCUUCUUUGGCACUCGAGAGAAACGCAACUAUCCUCUGUCGCCACCUUCUGGUCGUGUCCGGAGUUACCACUGGCUGUUGUCCGGGUAGCUGGGCACUGCAGCGGGGUACUGGGGCAGGCUGGGGCCCUGGGCCGUCUGAGCCACCGUGUUGAAGCCUACUUCUCUCACCGUCGCGUUCUUCCACAUCCCGGUGGACCACUCCUCCUUGGCUCGCCCCAGACUGCCGCCGCCGCCGCGGUACA